GCCCGCCCCAGCCGGAAGUGCCCUUCCGCCGGAAAGAGGAAGCGCGCGGGAGAGCGAUGGCGCCCGGAGGCGCCCUGAGAGUGCUGGUCUGCGGGGACGUGGAGGGUCGCCUGGGCUCCCUGUACAGCCGCGUCCAGGCGGCGCAGAGCAAGAGCGGCCCCUUCGACCUCCUCUUGUGCGUGGGGAACUUCUUCGGCUCGGCCCAAGACCCAGAAUGGCAGGAAUACCAGGCAGGAGCCAAGAAAGCUCCUAUACAGACAUACGUCUUGGGUGCCAACAACAGUGAAACAGCACAAUGUUUUCCAGAUGCCAGCGGAUGCGAACUAGCGGAGAACAUCACUUACCUUGGACGUAAAGGGGUCUUCAGCGGAGCCUCUGGGCUGCAGAUUGCCUACCUCAGUGGGACUGAGUCCACAGGGGGGGAACCAACUCCAGCCCACUGCUUCAGCACCAAGGAUGUGACUGAUCUCAAAACCUCCCUGCUGUCUGCCUCUAAGUUCAAAGGUGUAGACAUCUUGUUGACAUCUUCUUGGCCUAAAGGAGUAGAAAUCUUUGGAAAUAGCCCUGGUGACAUAGACACUAAGAAAUGUGGCUCCGGCCUGGUGUCUUUACUAGCUGCGAGUCUGAAACCACGGUACCAUUUUGCUGCCCUGCAAAAGGUCUAUUACGAAAGGCUUCCCUACAGGAACCACACGGUUCUCCAGGAGGCAGCCCAGCAUGUCAGCAGGUUCAUCGCCUUGGCCGGGGUCGGCAAUUCCGACAAGAGGAAGGUACAGAGAGUUCCAGGGACCCUCCUGUCUCCUCUGAUGAGAAUUGUCAAAGUAAUCACCGUUUCACUGAUGGAAACAAGUCAGUUGUUUGUGUUUCUCCUGACUCUCUUUGCUGUUCGCUUUCUCCAGUAUCUCUACGCCUUCAGCAUCCUCCCAAUGAGCUCCAUGGAGCCUGCAGAGCUGGUCAAGCAGCCGCAAGAUGUGACGGAGAACCCCUAUCGAAGGCCUGGGGGCAGCAAGAGCUGUGCCCACCUGCUGCUGGAUGAAAAGGAGGAGCCGGCUCCCCAGUUCUUCUUUGACUUAAGCAGCAAGCCAAAAGGAAGGAAGCGCAGACCAGAAGGUGGGGAGGGGCAGCAGCCCAAGCGUGCCCCCGGCAAGCCCCCCCUGCCAACGGCCGCCUGCUGGUUUUGCCUCGCCAGCCCAGAAGUCGAGAAGCAUUUGGUGGUGAGCAUCGGCACGCACUGCUACCUGGCCCUGGCCAAAGGGGGCUUGACUCCAGACCACGUCCUCAUCUUGCCCAUUGGGCACUGUCAGUCGAUGGUGGACCUGGCAUCAGAGGUGGUGGAAGAAGUAGAGCAGUACAAGUCCGCCCUGAAAAGGUUCUUCAUGGCCAGAGGGAAGAGAUUCGUGGCCUUUGAGAGGAACUACCGCAGUCAGCACCUCCAGCUCCAGGUGGUUCCUGUUCCCCUGAACUGCUGCACCACGGAAGACCUCAAGGAGGCCUUCAUCGUCCAGGCAGAAGAGCAGCGGAUCGAGUUGCUGGAGAUCCCAGAGCACUCGGCUCUCAAGCAGAUAGUCCAGCCAGGGACGCCUUAUUUCUAUGUGGAGCUCGAUAAUGGGGAGAAGCUCUUCCACCGUAUUAGGAAGAGCUUUCCCCUCCAGUUUGGAAGGGAGGUCCUCGCCAGCGAAGCCAUCCUGGCCAUGCCUGGGCGGGCAGACUGGAGGAGCUGCCAGGCGGGGCAGGAGGAAGAAGCCACGGCAGCCCAAGACUUCCGCCAGGCCUUUGAGCCCUUUGACCUCGCCCAGGAAGAUUAAGGGCCAGGGCGGGUGUGAGCAGGCAGCAGCACAGACCGGCUGGAUCCUGCCCUCUCUCUUCCUGUGAGGAGCCUCCUUUCCCUCCCUGCGAGGGCUCUUCUUCCACGGCCACAGAGACUCCCUCCACCCCGGAUCAGCUACCAUUGGCCUGUCUGGCUUCCAGAGCAGAGGUGGCUGCUGGGUCUAAGGGGGGGUCCUGCGCACAACUCCAGACUGUGCUGUGGAGGAAAGGAAGGCAGCUGUUCCCUCUGAAACGGAGGCAGACUCACCCCACACCGAGCAUCUCCCGUGAGGUUCAGGGAGAGAGGGGUCUCUCUCUGCUACAGGGUCCUCCAGGGCACCCAGGCAGGAUGGGCGUUAGAGGCCGUGGCAGGGCAGACUCCCCUUCCCCUCUUCAUGGCUUUGCUUCAGCCCAAAAGAUGCUGCUCCUUGUUUCUGCUGGGAAAUAUUAACUGCCGGCCAAAGGCGGAUUCCUAAGGAUUGCUCUGAGGAGGGUGUAUAUAAUUUGAACAUAUGCUGGAUUGUUGUACUGUAAAAAAAGUGUUUUGUCAUAAGAAAAUCCUCAAAUAAAAGGGUGCUUUUAUAUAUUUAAA